GUUUCUAUUUCAUCAGAAAUAAUGGAAAAGUGGCUGAGUGAAUCGUUGUCGAAAUGCCUGGAUUGUGUGGUUACGAAGGAAAUGAUGGCCACCAUAUUGGCCAUCAAAAGUGAUGAGGAGUUCGACAAUUACUUUGGAAACUUGCUGUCCGAGGACAACGAGGAGCAUCGCCUGUUUCUGCAUAAUUGCCGCCACAUGCUGCUCAGCGGCAAACAGCCCCGCAGCGAUGUCAAAAAGAAAUCGCCGCCCACCUUCAAUUCCCCACCUGUUCAAAAAGCCAGCAGUGGCGCAGCCAAGAAACAGAACAAACAUGUCAAUCUCUAUUCCGGCGAUGGCAAAAUCGUGGGCAACAGCGUUCUGCUGAAGGGCCGGCGCAGCUGUGACUGCCAGGCAAGCGAGCAUCAGCUGAUCAACAACUGCUUGGGCUGCGGGCGCAUUGUGUGCGAGCAGGAGGGCAGCGGACCGUGCCUCUACUGCGACGAGCCCGUCUACACUGCCGAGGAGGAGCAGCAGAUGGCAAAGGUCGCGGCCUCGAAUCGGGCGAGCACCAAGGGCCAGACGAAAGCGCAGAAAAAGCAACAGCAGCAGCAGCAACAAAAAGCAUCUGCCAAAUCCAAUAAGGAUUUGCAGCAAGCGCUGGCGCAACGGGAUCGUCUGCUGGAAUACGAUCGUAACAGCGAGAAGCGCACAACUGUCAUCGAUGAUGAGCUGGACUACUUCCAGGAGAACUCCGUCUGGCUGACCGAUGCCGAGCGUGAGAAAUUCGAGCAGCUCAAGAGCGAAAUGCACGAGAUGAAGCACGGCAGUCGCCUCAAGCGCAAGAUCAAGGUCGAUUUUGCUGGCCGCAAUCUGCCCGAGGAGCCACCGGUUACCACAGAGUAUGAGCAGCUGGUGCUGCGCCAGCUGGCUGCGGCUAGCAAAGCUGCAUCAACGGGCCAGAGCCAGGGACUAACUGGUCAUUCCUCUCUGGGGCUAGCGCCAAAUCUCGAUGUGGCCAAGCCGCCCGUCUUCAAGGCCAGCAAGGAGCUCAAGAAUAUGCCCGCCCCGAUCAUCAGUGACGGACUGGAGCGCAUCUACAAUCGAGUGCAGGAUAAGGAGCUGCUCGAAAUGCAGGACAUGCGCCAAUGCCUCUCCAUGCAUCAGCCGUGGGCAUCACUCCUAGUGGCCGGCAUAAAAAAGCACGAGGGUCGCGUCUGGUACAGUGAGCAUCGCGGCCGCCUGUGGAUCGCCUCGACGUCCAAGGAGCCGCAUGCCGAGGUCAUUGCUCAACUGGAGCAAUUCUAUCGCGAGCUCUACAAAGACGAGAAUAUAAAGUUUCCAACACAUUAUCCCACCAGCAGCCUGUUGGGCUGCGUAAAUGUGGAGAGCUGUUUGCCCCAGGAGGAAUAUCGUGAGCUCUAUCCCGAGGGCGAAUCGGACAGUCCCUAUGUUUUCGUGUGCUCUAGGCCGGAGCAGUUGCCGGUGCUGUUACCAGUGCAGGGCGAGCCCAAGAUCUAUGAACUGCCGCUGAAGACGCACAAUGCCGCCUGCAAAACAUUGCUGCGUGCGCGCGCUAAUAAGGGCUGAGAAAUUCCCAUCUCUA